AUGUACGACCAGACACCAGACAGCCAGCGGUCCUCGCUGUUUUCAGCCCUGUAUGGAAUAUACGAGCGUGCGUGCUUGUCUGCAGAGCGCGAGUCAAGGCGGCUGUUCGGACACGCAUCGCACCAAAGCGACCUCCCCGAGUCGCCGAUGGCUCGCACGGACAACUCGGGGCUAUAUCAGGCUGUAAGAAGCAAGCGGCGCAAGAUGAGCAGUGGAUAUGCAGGGGCGUCAUGGCUCCAUCUGAACGACAGCGACACAACACUGUCACCUAUAGUUGUCAGUGACGAUGAAAACGACUGUGGCAUUGGCGCGUUGGGUGAGAUGGCCUCGUCGCCGACGGUUUCUGGAACAAACCGGAGGCGCGAGAGCACUUUGGUUGAACUGGAGCCGGAGGACAGUCCGCAGUGGACCCCGCCGCAAAUGGACCUGAGGCACCUGGAGCGGUUUUCUGAGCAUGGCAUGGGCGUGCUAGAGCUAGUAUCAAUGCCUCCGCCGCCAGCUCCGCCACCACCACCACAGCCCCAGUUUACAGCACCGGAAGCGGAUGCACCGGCGACAAGAGAGUCUUGCCGUGAGUCGCUGGUAGCGAAGCAGACCCAGACAUCUGCGGCAGUGUCUGAGCACGGCAGCGUUCGCAGCCAGCAUGCAGGCAGGACAAUAGCUGAUUCGGCAGCUGUGGAGCAGGCGCGGCUGGAAAAUGUCGAACGCGAGCUGCGCAGACUGAAAAGGAUCAUUGCUGCCCUGCUUCCCAAUGGGCUGAACGAGGAGGAUUUGCAGUCGGUAUAUGGCGGUAUUGAGCAGCCCGAGCGUACGUCGGACGAUAUUAUCUCUCGGCUCGUCAAAGCGCGGUUUGGGGGAGCUGUGGAUCCGCAGCCACCACACCGCACUCCACUGCCGAUGCAGCGGCAGUACUCGUUCCCAUCGGCGAUGCUGCCGCCGUCACCAAAGUCCAGCGACUCGGCGAAGGCAGGCAGCGGAGCGCUUUCGUCACCGCCGCCCUCUGCGCGUGCAGCGGAGUGGCCGGGUAGUGGAGACUAUUGCAUUGCUUCGAGCAGGCGGCAUUUGGAUUUCUUGUCAAGGAGCCCGUCGGUAUCGUCGGCCGGGCCGCAGCGUAGAGCCUCGGGCACAGUUCAGCGGAGGGCCCGGCAGACGCAGUACCGCAAGCCAUCGUCCAUCGGACUGAAGCCGGCGGCUUCAUUGGAGGACCAUCCUGAGGCACCCCACAAGGACCCGACGUUCAUGGCCAAGCUGCUGGAUGAAAUGAAGACUCACAAGCUUCGCAGCGUCGAGAAGCCAAAAGACAUGAGGGGCUAUAGAUACCGGCGGAUAUGA